CAGAUCUGCCGCUGUCUCGUUCGAAGCCUUUGACAAUAUGUCCGCCAAGAUCUACUACGAUUCGGACGCGAACCUCGACGUCCUCGGUGGCAAGACCAUCGUCUUUUUGGGCUUCGGGAACCAAGGUGCCGCUCAAGCACAAAACCUUCGUGAUUCUGGCAUCCCGAACGACAAGAUCAUUGUCGCGAAUCGUCCUGACUCCUAUGCGGAGGACGCUAAGUCCAAGGGCUUCAACGUCGAGCACAACUUCGCUAACGCGGCUAAGCAGGCUGACGUUGUUUUCCUGCUCAUCCCUGACCAGGUGCAACCUCGUGUGUUCAACACGGAAAUUGCACCAAAUUUGAAGGACGACGCUGCAAUCGUCGUCGCCAGUGGCUACAACGUCUUCUUCAAGCUGCUGAACUUCAAGCCCUCGCAGGAUGUCGUCAUGGUCGCCCCUCGAAUGAUUGGCUCCUCGGUCCGAAGUCUGUUCGUCAAGGGCAAGGGAUUCCCCUGCUUCGUCUCCACAGAACAGGACGGAACCGGAAAAGCACUCGAGAUUGCCCUCGCGCUGUCUCGCGUGAUUGGUGCGACGAAGGCUGGCGCCAUCGCCUCGUCAGCUCGCGAGGAGACUGCCAUGGACCUGUUCGCAGAGCAGGCACUGUGGCCGAACAUUAUUAUGCUCUUCAGGGAAGCAUUCAGCGUCCUAAAGGAGGCUGGCUGCUCGGACGAAGCUCUUUGCUACGAGAUGUGGAUGUCCAAGGAGCCAGCGGAAAUCUUUGAGCGCGCUGCCGAGGACGGCUUCAUCCAACAGCUCAAGCAUCACUCCACGGUUUCGCAAUACGGCCAGUUGAACGGUGCACUCGCUCUUGAUGGUACUGCCGCCCGGGAACACUUCAAGAACAUCCUUUACAACCAGGUCCUGAACGGCAAGUUCCAGAAGGAGUUCAGUAAAAUCGAGGACGACCUGGAGAAGGAGGGCGACGAAAACCCACUUAACAUCUUGUACAAGAAAUCUGAGGCGUCCGAGCUGGGUCAAGCAGAGAAGAGGGUUCGCGCGCGGUUGGCCGGCCUUCUUUAGAGGGUCGCAUACUUGUCGGAGAUAUCAAUUAGAACAUCGCAUACCAACAUGUUGGAUACCUUGUACUCUGUACCAUAGACGCCUAAAUGAG